GGAGGUGAGUGCCAAUGAGAGCGCUCUGGCGGUGAGUGGAGGAGAGCCGCAGAGUACAAGUCACCGGGAGUCCGAGUGAAGUGUCGGGACUGCCCUCGGAGCUCCCAAACAUUUUACGCAUUGGGCGACACUUUCCGUCUGUUUCACCGCGUGGCUGAGCUGUACGCGCCGGGGCCAUCACUCCCACACUGAGGGCUCUACUUUCCUUUGAAGGACCCCGGGGCUCCAGACCACGCACACCGCUCCUCGCCUCUGCCCAAACCACUGCGCGUUUUGCAUGUGGUGAGCAAUUAAGCGGGAGAGGCAGGAGGAGGAGAACGGAAGUUUUUUUUUUGCAAAGUCGGGGCGCACCGGGACUGAAUGGUUGAGCCCAGUCCUCCAGUGCUGCAGCUCCCCUCGUGUGGGGACGGGACCAUGAAGGCUCUGGGAGUCAAAGUGGAGCAGGAAGAGCCCCCCAACACUUCCCCAUCCCGCGACUGGACACGAAGCCACCAACAAGAGACCCGCCAGGACAGGUCCCCAGGGACUGAACCCUCCCACAGACAGAGUCCCACAGCGCUCAAAGAAGCUCAGGAGAGACAAGAUGGACAAUCCAACCUCAAGGAAGUCAUGCCCACUAUUGAGAAGCUGCUCAACACGGACUGGAAGGAGAAACUUUUGGACAAAGGCUCAGCAGCGGGAGGACAGCUGAAAGGUACCCCCGAGUCCCUGGCGGAGAAGGAACUACAGUUGUUGAUGAUGAUAAACCAGCUGAGUGGGCUGAGGGAGCAGCUGAUGGGGGCACAUUCUGAGCAGAGAAACAUGGCCACUCUGCUCCUGGAGAAGCAACAGCAGCAAAUGGAGCUGGCCCGGCAGCAGCAGGAGCAGAUUGCCAAACAGCAGCAGCAACUCAUCCAGCAACAACACAAGAUCAACCUGCUCCAGCAGCAGAUCCAGCAGGUAAACAUGCCCUAUGUCAUGAUCCCAGCAUUUCACCCAAACACGCAGCCCCUGCCAGUGACCUCUGACCCUCAGAUGACCCUGCCACUGCAACCGAUCCCAUGCAAGCCAACUGUGGAUUACCCCAUGCAGCUGUUACCAAGUCCUCACCCAGCACCCAGCAAGAGGGGCAGCGGCUCAUUCAGACAGGAAGCCAGUCAGCCUUUGAACCUGACCUCCAAACCCAAGGGGAUGGAGAUGGGGAAGACACCCAGUCCUCAGGCUCUGGAGCUGGGAACACUGGGGCUGCAGGGGGCGUACAGACCCAGAGAGCACCCAAGAGAAGUGUCCCACAGCCCUCCCCGGUCUGCGCUCAGUUUCCUUGGAGAUGGAGAUGUUGUGACCCAGGCCAUCCAUGACGCUCAGCAGUUGUUGAGGAACCACGGCAAAGACACCAGGGACAGGGACUGUGGUGGAAAGACGGAAUACAAAGAUCCCUCUCUGAGUGAGCGAGUACCUCAGGGUGAGCGCAGUGACGACAGACAGCCCACUGCUGAGGAUCACCAUAGCAGUGACUCCGACGGAGCUCAGCCCGCACCAGGCAGCUACCCUGAGGCGCGACCUUCUGCUUCCUCCGGCCACAUCAAGAGACCCAUGAACGCAUUUAUGGUGUGGGCCAAGGACGAGCGGCGCAGGAUCCUCCAGGCCUUCCCCGAUAUGCACAACUCCUCUAUCAGCAAGAUCCUGGGCUCCAGGUGGAAGUCCAUGUCCAACCAAGAGAAGCAGCCGUACUAUGAGGAGCAGGCCCGGCUGAGCAGGCAGCAUCUGGAGCGUUACCCCGAUUACAAGUACAAGCCCCGGCCCAAACGCACCUGCAUUGUGGAAGGCCGGCGCCUCCGCGUCGGAGAGUACAAGGCCAUGAUGAAGAGCCGGCGGCAGGAGCAGAGGGGCCCGUACACACACAGUCAAACAGAGCCACAGCAGAUCCACUACCCACACAGUGAAGGCCAGUACCACAGCAGCACAGGUCCUGUCUCUGUGGCAACCAUGCCCUUCCACCCAGCUCUGCUGGAGCACUACCUGCCCCAGGUUUCCUCUGCUGGACGGAGAGCAGAGGUACCGAUCAAGCCCCCGCCCCCCAUGUCCCGGGACAGAGAUAGAGAGAGGGACCCCAACCCUUACAGUGAGGGCGAAGAGAGUGAUGGAGGAGAUCGCAGUGAGGGGGAACUAGUGCUCUUAGCAGACUGAGGGGAAGGGGGACACAUAAGAUGCUGUAUAAAAUAGGCGCAAAGGGGCACUUGAUUUGGCAGGUGCUCACCUUUGGAACUUUUUAACAAAACAUUUUAACUAACCUUUUACCUGUACAGACAAUGAUAAAUCAAAUCUCAACAGAAGGGGUAUCUGCUUUUUUUUUUUUUUACUUUUCACUAUUAAAUAUUGGUUGGCUAACAUUUUUGUUUUGUGUUUUGCACGUGUUUGGCUGUAGCAUCCAAAAUUUCAAGGCUUGGGUGACCACAUCCUAUAGACAGCAGGCUGUUAUUGAAUGAGUCUUAUCUUUAACAUUUAAGAGACAUUCACUCAGAGACAAUCAUUAACUCUAACACCACUCAAGAUAAUUUGGACAAUUUCAACACUUUUCUUUCCAAAAAUUGAAUUUAUUUUAUUCAUGCACUUAUAAUUUUUCUAUGCUAAAUUGUUGCAAUAAAAACAUUUGCAUUGGUCCUCUCUGUUUAAGAGGUUACAUUUUUCCCCCCCUUAGAACAGCAGUGCAACUUUUCUGAGGUGGAGAAAUGACACUUUGAUGCUGCCCUCUUGUGGUUUGGAAAUGCAGUACAAUAUUGUUUCCCCAAAUGCACUUAAUUGUUGACAGUUGAACUUCAGGUCCAGUUAAAAAGGCACAUUGUAGUUUCCCCUCACUGUUCUUGUCCUGUUUUCUGUAAAUGCUGUAUUUGUGUAUCACUUUGUUGGUGUUUUUAUAAUUGUUUGCUCUCUGUGUUUUAUUGAUUGACCUCAAACCAGUUUUUCUGUCACAAUGAUGUACAUUGUUCUACAUUUUAGAGAAUAUCUUAUUCUGUAUUUUUGUACUUAUUCAAAUAUUUCCCUCAACCAUUUCCUUCAGUACAUUUGUUACCUUCUAUAGACUGAAUAAGGGGUGGAUGACCCACAAACACAUGUUGGCUACAUAUUUUACAACAAAUUCACGGGAAGGACUGUUUAGAUCUGCAUAAGGCAUUACUUGAAAAAUUCUGGCUACUCCUGAAUAGUGUCAAAGUGAUGCUGACAUCACUAACAUUAGGUGUUCAGUGUGAAUAGUAACCCAUUAUCAAGCCGUUAAGGGCUCUGUAGUCUGACUAUACCUGAAGCUGGUUGUAUUGGAACUGCCAUGUUAUUUUAGUAGAGACGCUCCCAAAGCCACUAGUCACCCCUGCUGAUGUAAAUACAGAAGAAAGAAGAGACUAUAUUUUGUUUAUAAGAGCCAGUGUAAUUUAAAGAUGUACAUUUCUGUUUUCAGAGUUGUUGUUUUUUCCUUAAAAACCAAUAAAUUGGUUGUUUUACUAACUGGA